GACAUUAGCAAGUACCGAGCAGGCCGUGUACUUGGUACCUGCAGCGUGGCGUCAAAGGAAAGAGUGACUCGCUGGGGCCUUCCCAUUAUUCAAAGACAUUUCUAGUAGUGAAGCCUACACAGAGUCACAAAAGGCUCUGUCUUUACCUGCAAGCAGGUGCAAAGGCUCGUGGGCAGGCCCUGUCGUCUUCCGAGGGGCCAAGAUCUUGCUAUAUACAUGGGGACUGAAGAGAGCCAGAGAGCUUCCAGCUCGAAUUCCGCGUCUUCGAACCGCAGUCGUAGCUCGAGCCUCGCUACAAGCUAUGUGCCACCGCAGUCCAUGUUUAAAAACGCAAGGGGAUUGGACAGGAUUCUGGCAUCAGCCAGUCAGCAGAGGCUGAGGCAGCUGCGCAAGGUGCACCAGAUGCGGCGGCAGGCAGAGAAACACCUGGCGCUGCACAGAGCACAGGAGGAGAAGGAGGAGAAGGAUCGCUUGCGCCAGGUCGCCCAAGACGCCCUCUGCAGGAAGGCCAGAGCAGAAAGGCAACUGCAGGAGGCUCUUGUGGAGCAACGUCGGAGGGAUGCUGCAGCAAAAGCAGAGACGCUGGCAGAGGAGCAGAGGCUGCGACUGCUGGAGAAGGAGAAGCUAGCAGAAGCCAACAGAAUAGAGGCGGAGGAGAAGCGGCAGGCUGCAGAGAUGCAGCGGAAGCUGGAGGAGAUUGAGAGGGAGGAGGAGCGCCAGGAGGCACGCCGGAGGGCCGAGGCAGAUAUCCGCCUCAAAGUGGACUACUAUGAGAGGAAGGCGGAGGUCAGCGAGGCAGUCCUGAGGCACAGGCAGCUGGAGGCAGAGCUGCACAGGAAGGCACAGAUUGAGGAAGCACGAGAGCGCGCUGAGAUCGCCAAACAGCGGCUGCUGAUGAAGAUGAGGCGGGACGAGGAGCACAUGGCGGAGCUGGAGCGGCGGGUGAUGGAGAAGAUGGCACGCGCUGACAUCAUCGAGGCGCAGCGGCAGUCCAUCGACAAGGAGAUGCAGCGCGCUCGCAAGGACAUUGCCACCCAGGAAGCCUGGCUCAAGGCGCGCAUCUUCCCCUCCCCGUCUUCAGAACCUCCAAGUUCUGUUAUUGCUGGACUUGAGCGCUUGGAGCGGACAGGCAAGGUGGAGAUGACACCAGAGCUGACAGAGCUUGAGCGGGACGGCCUCCUCAAAGCCACCUCCUUUGACAGCACCCGGCUGCUGCUGCAAUUUCCUUCCCCGCUCUCCGUGGGCGCCCACAGGACGCCACGGUCAAAGGAACCCAAGGGGCAUUCUUCAGCCCCUGUCAAAAGCCAGCAAGCUCUCUUUAGAACACCCAGAAAUGCACCUGAUACUGGCCUUGCGAACUCAAAGCGCAUUCCUUCCAUCAGCAAAAGUGGGGGGUCCUACGCGAGGAACGCCACCCAACGGCAGCAGAUCCAGGUGUAAGCAGCCUGCAGCGCAUCUGCGGGCGUGCAUGCGAGGUCUUUGCACAGAACAAAAUGUAGAAUAGAGGGAAAAAAUGGUCCAUGCUUGCUCUGCCACUCCUUCUGCAGCACUGCCAUAACUUGGGUUUUUUUUAUCAAUGCCUGUCCUGACUGCUGCGCUUCGCUAGUGUCAGGCAUUGCCUGGCUGCAUCUGCGUCUGCAAUUUCCACACUCACAUCUACAUUGACUUUCUGAAGAUAUGCAACAGCCACAUGCCUAUUAAGCUCAGGUUGACAUAUGACUUUCCGGUGUGAAUAUUGCAGAGCACAUGUUUGUGUGUUCUGGUUCAGUUGUAUCAAGUUUAAUAUGUAAAUCUGGCUGCAACC